CGUGCUUCCGCCGUCGCCGUGCAGAUAGUAUGAGUCUGUGAUUCAGACUACUUAUAAAUAAAUGUAUGAUUCUCAUUUUAAAGUCAAACUAUUCUAUGAUGGUUAAAAUCUGUUUCUAUGUGCUUCCUUUCAUUGUACUUGUUACGAUUGCUCAUUAUAUUUUCUAUUCUUCCACACAAUUUUUUAUUUCUAACGUAUCGCCUCUGAAGCAAUGUCCUUGCCCCAUUCUGGAAGCUGAUCCUGCUUCAUUUUUUGCCAAGGAUGAGCUGUCAAGAAAAGAUCCAAAGGGCCUUGGAUCUUCAUAUGAAAGUCUGGCUGCACAUCAUCCCAAUGCCCCCUUGCGUCUGCUCAACAGCUCAUUCCCUCGCUGUAGUCUCAUGCCAGAGUUCAUGAAAAUUCACUGGACUGCAAGUGUGUGGCAACAUUUCAAAGAUGCCAGUGGCAAGAAGUUUCUUCUCUACUCAGCUAUAUAUGAAAAUCGAACAAAAACUGAACCACCUGGCGGAGUUGUACGAGUGGUCACGCUCCUGCAGAAAGAAUAUUUUGACUCAUUUGAGCUGCCUUGGUGUUUGCUGUGGUACAAUCAUGCAACUCAACCUUACAUCAGUCGUGUCAUCAGGGCUGAGUACAUUGACUGGCAGUGGGAGAGCAGCGACCGCUUGCUCAGCUACAUGCUCACCUGCCCUGCCUUGCAGCACGCAGCUGCGCCCUGGGGGGCCUCAGUUGUAUCUCAGCCUUGUACUCCUGCCCAGAACCUCCUCUCUGUUGUGAGUAGAGAGACUGAUCAAACAUCAGGUGGCUACAAGCACGGGCGCUCUGCUGGCUCUCACUCCUCAAACCAGUUGAUCUCUGGCAGUAAUGGACGGCCACAACGUGAACGCUUAGCAUCAGGAGAUGAGUUCGAGGUUGGUGUGUGCGGACCCGCGCUCUUCUAUUACCAAGAGGACUUCUCAGUGCGUCUCGUUGAGUGGCUGGAGUUGCUACGUGCGUUGGGCACAUCGCAGGUCUUCCUCUACGUAACGCGUGUGCAUCCCAACAUAGAAAAGGUGCUUCGCUACUAUGAGCAGAAAGGCUUCGUACACACCACUGACUUCCAUUACCCUCCACCUUACGUCGAUGAGCCACUGCUCAGACGUACUAAGGACUGGCCAAUUCCUCCACCAUCGUAUUGGUUCCGGUGGCAGUACUUCCCCUCUGACCUUCCACCCUCACAUGAGCACGCGUCGUCCCAAGUUGAGGGCUAUACGCUGGUCUCUCCUAGCGGGGACAUGAGGCAGGCUCAUGACUACAAGGAGAGACAAGGGGAUGUGCCUGCUUAUCUGCACAUGUUGUAUCAUGACCAGAAGCUCAUCAAUGACCCGGACGAGAAGCAUUAUAAUUUCAAGAGUCUAUACGACAUGGCGGACACAACAGCGGCAUUCUCUCAUCGCUCUGUUGCCUGCGCUUCAGGUCCAUGCUCGCAGUCGCAGCAGAUAGACCUUAGCGUUGCCUAUGUGGGCCACUUCAGCGGACAGUGCGGGGAGCGCUGCAUGCGAGACCCUCACGCCACGGCCACCGAGACGGCACUGCACAAGUUCAGAGAUAACGUCGCACCGCGAGUCAUAGAUGUGCUCAAAAAACUCUCACUCAUUCCUCCAUCACCACAUCCAUGAAUAAAAAGUGGUCUCAAAUUUCUGUAGAUAAGAUUGUAAUAAUUGCCAGUCCGCGGAAAAGUUAGCUGAUCUAAAAACACAAAAAAUUUAGUAUAAGCUUCAAAAGUUUACCCGGACAAUAUGAUUCUAAUUGCAUCGAGUAAAAGCCAUCCAGCUUCCCUGGAAAAUAAGCUCGAGCUUGAUCAUGAAUUAUCGACUGAUAUUUCUAAAUCUUCACUGUUCACUGCCACUUAACAAUAACCACCAGAUGCGUCGGUCGGUGCAUACUAGUCCUCAUAGUUGGGCUUGUUUGUGUGCACAAUUACACGUUUUAAUUUUACCCUAAGUUAUUCUUGAAACUUGUAUUGGAUCUUGCCUUUACCUUCAGUAUACCUUGCUUUUACCUGUUUUUUUUACCUUAUUUUCUGCUGCACUCUCCCUUUCAGUGGCUUCGUUGCUAGCAUACCAGUACGGUUUAAUUGAAUCUUGCCCUGAGUUGCUUUCUAGUUUUAAUUUAUUUACGUUCAAUUUUAUGCUCAAGUACUUGCAAUAUCUUGCAAAUUUAGAGUUUGCCCACAUCAAAUCCCGCAUUGAGUUGCUUUUAAAUCUCGAGCACAUUUGCUCGGAAUAUAGCAUUUGUUGCAUUGAAUAUGUUGAAGCAUUCACUAGCUUAGCUCGUAUCUUAGCCUUGAGGCAGAGACCACUUGUAAGCUCAAAUAUCUGUUGCCUUUUCUAGUCCACUGAGUUAUGCUCGUUCGAAUAACACGUGCUUUAUUAUUAUAAAUGUAUAUUAUAUUAUAAUGCUAAUGUGCUUUAAAUCCUGGAUUACUUUGAACCUUGCUUUUUGGUACGUGGAGUUUCAACCUUUGUGAUAAUGAUCCUUACUUCAGUUGAGUCGAAUCCUUCCUCUUAUUAUGUUGAAUCACGCUUCCUACUAUGUUGAAUCUUGCUCUUAUUAUGUCGAAUCUCGUCUCCAGUUAUAUUUUAUCUUGCUUUAAGUUAUCUCGAAUCUCGUCUCCAGUUAUAUUCUAUCUUGCUCAAAGUUAUCUCGAAUCUCGUCUCCAGUUAUAUUUUAUCUUUCCCUAAGUUAAGUCAUCUCCCAUUGAGUUCAAUAUAGCCUUAAGUUGAAUGGAAUCUUGCAUCGAGUCUCUAUAGAAAUUGUUCACUUUGUUAUGUGUGGUUUUGGAAAUUGUGUACGGAAAAACGAGUGAAAGCUCUUAACUAGUCUGAUUUGUAUUGUAAUUGAUUUUUUUUUGCAUGUGGUGCAAGUCGAAGUAUUGUGAUUGUCUGAGAAUUCUCAACGUUCCAUACCGAUGAUAAUAAUAGUUGUAGUUGGACAUAACCGUGCUUGUUAAUAUGUAACGAUAAUUUAAGUCUCAAUUCAUUGCAUUCCGUAGAGUUUUCUGAUAUAUCAAACUCUUUAAGAUACAAGUGUCUCAGAUAGGCUAGUACGGAGCAUAAUAUACAAAACAGUUUACUGCUGUUGUAUGCACAGCCGAAGUUUAGUUUUGAGUGUACAAAUAUGUUUUAAGUACAGCGUGGUCAUGCGUAAUAAUGUGUCGGUAUACUAUUCACUACACUAACGUGGAACAAAUAGUACACCACAAUACAUACUAGAUUAACUAGUUCAUUACAGUGCACCAUUUCUUUAAAAUCAAACCCUAAUUUUUUUCAAUUUUUUGCUUCUAAAAAAAAUAUACAUAUCUUUUGCAUUUAUUGAGUUAAUUGUUUGUACCUAUCUAUAAUGAUAUUCUGAAUAUCCAUACCUAGGUAAUACCAAGUCCUUGUUUCUUUCUCCGGAUCUCAUGGUUUUUUCUUCCUGAUAAUAAUAUCGCCUUGUUAUUCGUGCCCUGGGAAACUUAAAGUUUUUUAUCUGUUAAUAAUAUCACUUGAUUGAUUAUUCGCUCCUGGGAAACUAUGCGGUUUCAUCCCUACUACAUGAUAAUCUCACUUUGUUGAUCGCCACUUUUUGUUAUUGAUCAAUAAACCCAUUGUUGGC